ACCUUUUUAAAUGCUGCCUCCUUAAAUGCAAUUCAUUCCUGCGAUUUUCUAUACACGUUCAUGCUGCAAUUUUCUCCUUGAAAUUGAGAUCACCCCAUUCAGUUUUGCGAUUUUUUUCCUUAAAAUUGAUUUCUUUAUCAGUUGGCAUUUCGAGCAAAUUUAUUAAUGAGUACCGAUGGCUCAUCUGGUUUGAAAGAGAACAAUGCAACUGCCAAAGAAAGAGAAACGUGAACAACAUAAAGUGGAUGAACUGCACAUGACUCUGUCUUCUUUCUCCCCUUGUCACCUUCCAAUGCCCAAAGAAAAUUAAAAAGACAACAUUUACCUCUCUUCUAAUGGGGUCCUAAGUGGUGGAGAUCUGUUUCUCAAGACUCCAAACACAUUUGUAACCUGUAUCAUCCAUACCCAGAUUUGGAAUCAAUAAAGAUUUUGCAAGUUGAGGAUCAACCAAAAAUGUGGAGAGUGAGUGUGUUAGGCUUAUUUGUUGUACUGGUAGCUAUGCAGAUUUCAUGUAGCAGUUCAGUGAAGUGUGAUGGGAGACUCUGCAAGAGUGGAGAAUGUGACGAGGAUGGUCAAUGCAUUUGCAAACUUCCUGAUCCUUCCACUAUACUUGAUGGAGAUCGUCCAUUUCUUGGAGGCAAACAUUGUGAUGAGGAGCGGAUCAUGUGUGAUGGAACAAAUUCAUUCUGGUGUGAGCAUGGAGGUGUCUGUGAAGAAAUCAUCCAGGGAGAGAAUUACACUUGCAAGUGUCCGCCAGGUUAUAUUGGAGAGCACUGUGAACAUAGCGGGGUUCCUUGUGGAAGUAUGUUUUGCUUUCAUCGGGCAGAGUGUAUCAUUGAAGACCGUGAGUGUGCUUGUCCUCAUAAUUGGAGAGGAAGUGUUGAUUGCGCCUUUCCUACUAAACCGAAACAUUCCCUUAAUGAUACGACACCUAACUUUGAAGGCACUCACAAUGGAGGUGGGGGGAAUGAGGUAUCAAGAUGGCGACUCCCAAGCUCGAAAGAUCUACAAGUCGGAAGACUCUCCUUAAGGAAAAUCAAGCCAGAUCAAGGACGGUCUCCUCCAAGAAGAUCAAGCAAGGACAAGGGCGACCUCCUCCAGCCUAGCAUCGACAAGGACGACCUUCUUCGAUCCAACAUCGACAAGGAUGGCUUUCUUCGAACUAACAUCAUCAAGGGCUACCUCUUCCAAUCCAGCAUUCCAAGACGAGGUACAUCAACAUCCUGCAAAUCAGAGACAAAAGAAGUCAGAGCAAAGGGUUCGUUGAAGAAACAGAUAGUUCCAGAUGAAUUAAUUAAAGCUAGCUUCUCAACAACAUCAAGUUGAAUAUCUACCAAGUUACAAGUGUCAGACGAGGUGGCAUCCUAGUCAUCACUUCUCCAGUCAGAUUGGUCCACCUCAGCAUGUCCAGAUUCAAUGUACCUAACUCAUGGAAGGUGGCACAAACUUCGAUGUACCUACCCCGGCUAUCCAUUGGUGGAAUUUUCCAGAGAGGACAUGUGUCCAAGCAAUACAAUUAUUUCAUUGGUCGAGCAUUAAAUGUUAUGUAAUGGUUGUAACAAACCCUAAUUAGGGUUUUCAUUAUUGAAUCUUGGCCAUUGAUCUCAAAUUGAUCUUAGCCAUCGAAUUGUAUUGUGGGCACUAUAUAAGCCCCGACUCUUCAUUUUGUAAAGGGAAUAGAUAUAGAAGCAGUUAAUAGAAGAGAGUUAGUGAAUAGAGAGUAGUUAGAAGGUGAUUAGCUAGUUGAUAGAAUAGCAAUUAGAGUAGAGAGAGAAGGCAAAGAUUGUUGCCAAGAUGUUGUUC